GUAAGGUAAACCAGCAACUUGCUCAUGAUACUGGUAUUGGAUCUGUCCAUUCCAUUCGUUUUGAAAUGCUGAGAGCUCUGUUUUUGAACAGGCUGUUCAAGGCAGCUGAUGUACAACUAGGUGUUGUGGUUGCUACUAGGUCCCUUACCCAGACUGAUGUUCUCACAGAUGCAGAGAAGAAACUAGCUGAAAUUUUAGCAUCGAAAAUUGAUGCUACUUACAUUAAAGUCAGAGAUAUUUCAGGUGGUUGUGGUGCUAUGUAUGAAAUUUCAGUAGAGUCUGAGGUUUUCAAAGGAAGAAGAAUGGUUCAGCAACAUAGGAUGGUUAAUGAGGCCCUUUCUGAAGAGGUCAAAGGAAUGCAUGGUUUAAGAAUAAACACCAGUGUACCAACAAGUGGAUAGCAGUAUUAAAACUAUCAAAAAUUCAAAAACAAUAAUAUUUAUAACCCUCUUAUAUUCUUAUGCUCAAAGGACAUGCAUCUAUCUGUAAAGUUCAUAUUCUUAAACAGUCGUAGUACUAGACAUUUUAAAAGUCUAAUCUAAUUCUUAUGAGUUGUUUGGACAUACCAGAAUCACAAAUAGAUCAGCAUCUUCAAUAUUUACUUAUUUUCAGUUUUUACCAAUAUAAUUUUCACUCAUAGGCACAGAUGUUUGGUAGUCGGUAAAUUACCCCCAAAUUACCUGACACUGAAAGUACUACAUUGUUUAGCUUCAUAGAAAUUGCUUGUGCCAUUCUAGCAUCUGAGCUCUGAUUGAUUAGGUGGUCAAUCAAUCGUUUGCUCUUUACAGUUCCCUGUGCCAUCCUGAAAGGUAACUUACCUGCAUGUACAUUGAAGUAUGAACGGUAUUGAUCUUGCACAGAUAGAAAUAUUUGAAUACAGAUAAUCAUCCAAGGCGUUUAAAAAGGUCUCUAUCACUGCAAUGUCUCUGCCAUUCUCCCUUUGAUGUAGCCUGCCCUGCUAGGCUGUCUGCAGUUGUAACACUUGAUGCACAGGUACAGUUACCUUGCAAGAUGGCACAGGUAAUAAUGAAGGGGACUAUUGAUCACCUAUAACCAUACAAUAACAGUCAACUACUGGAAGUCAAAACAAUUUAGAUUAAUCCAUGACUGUUGGAUUGGCAUUCAGAAUGCUAGAAUGGCUCACGCUGCAUGCACAAAAUCAUAAUAAUGAUAUUUAUGGUGUAAAAAUAGAGAUGUCGGGUAUUUUUAUACUGUUGUCAAAUUUUCCUACCAUAUCACGAAAUAUCAGCUUCAGGAAUGGUGAUGUGGGUGACUAGUCACCCCUUCCUUUUUUGCAAUAAAAAUAUAUGCUUCGA